AUGAGCCAUCAGCAGGACGGGACGGGACGGGCCCAAUUCGUGAUGGUGGCCUCGGUCGCGGAGUCCAUGGCCCGAUCCAUGAACCUCCCCUCCGUCGCCGCACUCCUCCCCCACCUCGUCCCCGCCGCCCAGUCCCUCGCCCGCCCCCCGAUCUCUAACUACCACGUCGGCGCCGUCGGACUCGGCUCCGACGGCCGCGUCUUCGUCGGCGUGAACCUCGAGUUCCCCGGCCUCCCACUCCACCACUCAGUCCACGCCGAGCAGUUCCUCCUCACCAGCCUCGCCGUCCACCGCUGCCCCUCCCUCCUCUCCCUCGCCGUCUCCUCCGCCCCCUGCGGCCACUGCCGCCAGUUCCUCCAGGAACUCCGCGGCUCCUCCUCCCUCCAGAUCCUCGUCACCGGCGACGGCGAUCGGGAUCCCAUCCAGAAUCCCGAUUUCAAACCCCUACCCAAGUACCUGCCGAAUCCCUUCGGCCCUCACGAUCUGCUCGAUCGUGGCACCCCGCUUCUGCUGGAGCAGCACGACCAUGGCCUGGAUCUGUUGCCCCAAAACGACGACGCAUUUUCAGAUCACAAUUCUCUUAAUUCGGGAAAAUUAAUCAACGGAAAUUUUGAUAAAUUCGAAGCAGAUGUGAUCCUUCUGAGAGAAGCUGCUCUGGAGGCCGCCAACUGCUCCCACGCACCCUACAGCGGGUGCCCGUCAGGUGUGGCCUUAAUGGAUUGUGAAGGAAACGUGUACAAGGGCUCGUACGAGGAGUCAGCAGCCUAUAACCCUAGCUUGGGGCCCGUGCAGGCGGCAUUGGUGGCAUACGUGGCCGGAGGUGGGGCUGGUUAUGAUAGAAUUGUACGGGCGGCCUUAGCCGAGAAGGCAGGAGUAAAAGUCCAGCAGGAAGAUACUGCCCGGCUGCUGUUGAAGGCCAUUUCCCCUAACUGUGAGUUUCAGGCCUUCCAUUGUGGCUCGGUUGGGAAAACCAGUCCAAAGGUUUCUGGAUAA